AUGUAUUCAAGCCUGAAAGAUGUCAUCAUUGCUCAUCCUGUGCCAGAUGUGUGCUUAACAUGGAUCAUCACUGCCCUUGGAUAAAUAACUGUAUUGGAUUUUGGAAUAGAAAGCAUUUCCUAUUACUGCUUGUUUAUUAGAUUUAUGGACGGAGGAUGGAAGUGGAAUGAAGUUAUCAACCUGCUUACCUUAUUAGUCUUAAUCACUCUUGAUUGCUGUGUAGCUGUUCUUAUCACUAUUUUCUUGAAGUUUCAUAUCAAAUUGUUGAGUGAGAAUAAAACUACCCUUGAAAACUUGGAAGCGAAAGGAACCCCUUUUGUUAGUAGAUUUGAUAAAGGUUUCUAUCGCAAUAUCGAAUAAGUAUUUGGAAAUAAUAGAUUCCUGUGGCCUUUUCCACUAUAUUUGGAAAGUGGUAAACCUAUUGGUGAUGGAGUUUACUGGGAAAUAGAAAAAUUGAUAAAUGAAUAGCAACCUAAGUCAGAUAAGUUUGUUCAUGAUAAAAGUGAUAAUGAUGGAGACGAAACUGAUGGAUCAAGUUAAAAAGGCUAAACCUUCAACGGAAAUUAAAACACCUUGCAAAUAAAAUAUCCUCAGUAGCAAAUGAACAAGUCAGAUAGAGCAAAGUUCGAAGGCUAAAUUCAAGCUAAUAAUUCUCAACCAGUUAUUAUAAUGAAAGAUCCCUCAAAUAUUUUAGAAAUUCAUAAUCCACCUUAAAAUGUAACUUCUCAAUUAAAAGCUGUAAUCUCAGUAUCAAAUCAAAGACUUCAGAGAAAGUAACAUACGUCUGGAAAUCAUAUAAUGCAGAAAAAGUGA